UUUUAAUAACAGGAAUUCUCGUGGAUCUAAUCUAAUCACCAACCGAUUUUGCUCUGCCCCAGCAAGAUCUGUUUCCAGACUGCUGAGCAGAUCUCGCCUCCAAAACCCUAAAACAGGAUCGCUGAGUGAGACUGACAGAAGCAUAGACCCCGCCUUGAGCCCGCCCUGUCUCGGCCCUGCCCUCGGCCCCCGGCCAGGCCUGUACGAUGCGCGCGCAAUUUCCUGCAGACCCGGAAGUCGAGAUCGUGGAGUGAACGUUUCGCGCGCUUUUUCCUGUAGACCCAGCACCUGACUGCGUGGAAAGACCGUCUAGCCGCCACCUGAGAUCAACAGUAGGCAGCAGAGGACCAUCUUUCCAGAAGGAUUCACUUUCAAAGAGACAUAUUAUGCAAGGAAGCAACUCAGAAGAGGAAAGAAAGGAAGUCAGGAAUGGCCCUCACUCAGGGGCAAUUGUCAUUCAGCGAUGUGGCCAUAGAAUUCUCUCAGGAGGAGUGGAAAUGCCUGGACCCUGGGCAGAAAGCUUUAUACAGGGACGUGAUGUUAGAGAACUACAGGAACCUGAUCUCCCUAGGAAUCUGUCUUCCUGACCUGAGUGUUACCUCCAUGUUGGAGCAAAAGAGAGAUCCCUGGACUCUGCAGAGUGAAGUGAAAAUAGUAAACAAUCCAGAUGGCAGGGAGUGCAUCAAAGGUGUGAACGCAGAUUUUUCACUUCUGGCCUGGGACGCGCGUCUUCAGGGUGGAAGCCUGGCGCGCGUCUUCAGGGUGGAAGCCUGGCGCGCGUCCGGAGGUGCUGAGGAGCCAACCGGCCCAAACUUUGUGGGAAAUGACUCCCCUCUGCCCUCGCCCCUCGCUCUGCUACCAUUUCCUUCCGUUUCUGCUUCGCUUGGCGAUGCAAAACGCGCGAGGCUCACGGCAGAGGGCCGAGGCCACGGGACUCUCAGGGCCGGGCCCGCCCCUCGGCCGCGCAGUGCGGCGCCGCACGCCCCGGACGCUGUCCAGCGUUGGCCGCCUGAGCAGAGGCUGCCGCGGAGCUAAAACACCCGCCGUUUCACCCAGCCAGCGGGCCCAGCCCGCGGAGGAGGGCGGCAUGCAGCUCCGCGUUGCCUGGCUCUCCGGGCACGCGGGCUACGAUCUGUACAGUGCCUGUGAUUACACACCACCACCUAUGGA